CCUGAAUUUGUUGAUGGAGCACUUGGACACGUCAUCCAAAUGUCCAAAGUUUUGGGUGAGCAAGUUGGUGGUGGAUACCCUGUAUGGCCUGUUACCAUUCAUGGUUAUUAUGCUGAUGCUAGUGACUUAGCUGCCAGACAGUCAGGUGCCCUAAAUGUUCCAAUGCCUUUUACCGGUCAUUCACUUGGAAGAGAUAAGUUGGAGCAGCUUUGGAGACAGGGGAGAUUGACAAAAGAUGAAAUCAAUGCUACUUAUAAGAUCAUGAGAAGAAUUGAAGGUGAAGAGAAUACUCUUGAUGCCUCUGACAUUGUUAUCAGUAGCACUAGACAAGAAAUAGAUGAACAAUGGAGAUUAUAUGACGGUUUUGACCUUGUGCUUGAAAAGAGACUUAGAGCUAGGAUAAGGCGGAAUGUUAGCUGUUAUGGAAGGUUCAUGUCUCGUAUGGUUGUAGGUUUCCAAAAAUACCCUUUACACAUAAUCAAAUAUUAUGUACAUUUUGUGUUAUUUUUGGGAGAAUCACGGAAAAAAGGCAUUUAAAAAUUCUGGUUUAAUCUUUUAUCCACUAUUAUAUACUUAAAUUUUUUUCCAAUAAAAUCAUGGAAUAAUAGGCAACCUAUCAGCCGUCUUUUUGUCAUUCUAUCU